AUGUCAGAACAGAUUUCCAAUCAACCUAUUGUCUUGGACAAUGGAAGCGGCACGAUCAAGGUUGGAUUUGCAGGUCAAGAUCAACCAUCUUCAGUAUUCCCAUCAAUGAUUGGAGUUCCAAAGUAUAAGAAGGUCAUUGGAACUAAUGUAGAGAGCGACUCUUCAUUCUUUGUUGGUGAAAAGAUUAGCGAUAUGAGAGGAAUACUGAAGCUCAGACAUCCAAUGACCAAUGGUGUCGUCACAGAUUGGGAGAACAUGGAGAAGGUUUGGACUCACGCAUAUGAGCUACUCAAGAUACAAUCAUCAGAGCAUCCAGUAUUGAUGACAGAUGUACCAAACAACCCAAGACUACACAGGGAGAGAGCAGCAGAGUUACUAUUUGAGACAUACAAUGCACCAGCAAUCUACUUCUCGAUUCCAGCCAUUCUGAGUCUUUAUGCCUCUGGUAAGACAACGGGCAUCGUCGUGGACUCUGGCGAUGGAGUCACACAUUGUGUGCCAGUGUUUGAGGGCUUUGCCCUGCCACACGCCAUCGUGCGCACGGAUAUUGGUGGUCGCAACAUCACCGAGCACCUACAGCAUCUGUUGCGUCGCAGCGGAUACAACUUCAAGACGACGGCAGAGAUGGAGGUGGUGCGCACCAUCAAGGAGAAGUGCUGCUACGUGGCCUUUGACCCACAGAAGGAGGAGGAGCUGGGCGAGCUCGACAAGUCCACGUCCAAGCCCGUGCAGACCACAUACCAGCUGCCGGACGGCAACGUCAUCGACCUGGGCGCCGAGAAGUUCCGCGCGCCCGAGAUCCUCUUCCACCCCGACAUCAUUGGCGACGAGUCGCCGGGCAUCCACCAGUGUCUGGACAUGUCGAUCCGCAAGUCGGACAUUGAUCUGAGGAAGACAUUGUAUUCAAACAUCAUUCUGGGCGGUGGUUCGACGUUGUUCCACGGCUUUGGCGAGCGUCUGCUGCACGAGGUCAAGAAGCUGGCGCCCAAGGACGUCAAGAUCAAGAUCACAGCGCCACUCGAGAGGAAGUACUCGGCAUGGAUCGGAGGUUCCAUUCUGGCCUCGCUGACCACCUUUAAGGACAUCUGGGUCACUGUACAGGAGUAUGAGGAUGAGGGUGCUGCCAUCCUCCACAGAAAGAUAUUGUAG